AUGCUCUCACCGCGAAAGCUUGGACUCAGGUCGGCACCACCGAACCUCAACCAGUGGGAGGAGGGCGAUGAUGAGGAUUACGAUGAUGUGGACGAGGAUUUGGACGAGGAUCAGUAUGGCAACAGCACCGAUUUGACGUCUCCAGACGAGGAGCAUCCACAAUGGCAAUGGGAUGAGCGCAUGGCUCCAGAGGAAGAGGUUUGGGUAAGUUAG